AUGGAGCUGGCGGGCGGCAGCACCAUCUCGCUGUGGACCGUGGUGGCGGCCGUGCAGGCGCUGGAGCGCAGCGUGGCCGCACACGCGUCCCGCCUCUUCAGCCUGGAACACCGCGCCGGCAACAGCGAAAAGAAGCACCUGGACUGCGAGAAAAUGGUCGGGGAGUUCGGGAACCAGCUGGAGAGCAAGUGCGCGGCGCUGGGCACCCUCGUCCAGGAGUACGGGCGGCUCCAGAAGCGGCUGGAGAACAUGGAGAACCUGCUGAAGAACAGGAAUCUCUGGAUCCUGCGGCUGCCCCCCGGGCUGGAGGCCCCCAAGGCCCCGGCUGUGGCGUUGGAAAACGAUGCCACCGGCUUUUCCACUCAGGAGUGGGAGAACCUGGAGGAGUGGCAGAGGGAGCUGUAUGGAAAGGUGCUGACAGGGAAGAGAGAAGCCCUGGUCCUGCUGGACGAUGUCAUCUCCGAACCUGCCCUCCUGUCCCGGCUCCAGGGAGGAGAAGCACCCUGCAGGGAGGAGGAGGCAGCUCCUGGAGAGAUCCCAGCAGAACCAGAGGCUCUGCUGUUUGAACUCAAUGUGAGCAGCUGGGACAGCAGAGAAGCACAGGCAAACCAGGAGGGAAGAGCAGGGCUGGCUGAACCUGGCCAUGCAGACAGCAGCAUUCCAGAGCGGAGCUUUGCUGUCACCGUGAAGCAGGAAGAGGAGGAAGAGCCACAUGCAAAGGAGCAGGGAGCCAUGGAGGGUGUGGAGUGCUCUGAGCUUGGUGUGGGGCCGGACGCCACUGGACACAGGGCCCAGGCCCUGGAGGAGGGCGGGAACCGGCCAGGGGCCAGGAGCUGCCAGGACCGGGAUGUGAGAGGGAAUCCCACAGAGACCAGCUCCGAGGACGGCAUAAUCCAGAUUAAGCAAGAGGAAGAGUUGUGCACUGCAGAUCGGAAGGAGGAGGCUGCAGAAGCUCCUGGAGAGCCCUGCCCAGCAGAGCGAGGAUUUUACGAGCCUGAGGCAUCCAGUCAGACCAGGAAAGGCAGCGAGGUGGAUGCCAGGGAGCUGCCAGGCACAGAGGGUGAGCACCUCCAGAGAGAUCCUGCCACAGGAUUUCAGACUUAUGCAAGGGGUGUUUCAUCGUGGAUUAAACAAGAGGAGCCACCCUGCUCUGAACAACAGGACUUGCAGAAAGAGGAAAUCUCUGCAGAUCCAAAUACAGAUGAAAAUUUGAGGAGGGACCAUCCAGCAAAUUCCUUGGAGAGCAAGACCUGUGACUUAGAGGUACCAGGAAGACCGGUAGAGGUGUUUCCCAAAGAUCCCAGCCAUGGAGUGACAUGGGACAGUCAGUGGAAUUCAGAAAUGAUGGAAACAACCACCACAGAGAAUGGGAACAGCCUUGGAGGUGAUGCUCAGUACGAUUUCUUUAGUGCUCAGGAAAAGAGGCCCUGUAUGUACAAGUGUGAGAGAAGCUGCCCACAGCAGGACCAGCCUCAGCAGGCACUGCAGGGAGAAGGGGACAUAUUUCCAGGCCCCACGUAUGAGAGGAUGUUCCCUCUGCUGCACCCACACCCAGGAGAGAUGGGAAUGGGCCUGGGAGAGAAGGGAAUGGGCCCAGGAGAGAAAGGAAUGAGCCUUGCAGAGAAGGGAAUGGGCCCUGGAGCUGCUCCCACCUCCUGUGAGGGGCCAGGGCCCCACUCUGAGUGUGGAGAGACUCCCCCAGGCACAGGCAGGCCCCGUGAGCAGGACAGCCUGGGCACAGAGGAGGCUGCUGAAAACGAGGAGAGCUUCCCCACGGACACCUCGGGAUCCAGCCCCUGCUGGGAGCCGCCCCUGGCCCGGGGCAGCCCUGCCCAGCAGCAGAGCCAGGGCCGAGGCAAAUCCUACAUUUGCAGCGACUGUGGGAAAAACUUUGUGUGCCAUUCGUGGCUCGUGAGGCACCAGACGAGUCACACGGGAGAGAGGCCCUACAAGUGCUCCAAAUGUGACAAAACCUACAGGAGGAAGGAUUACCUCCUGAACCACCAGCGCCGGCACACGGGAGAGAGGCUUUUCCAGUGUCCCCUCUGCAGCAAGAGAUUUGUGCUCAAGAGGAGCCUGCUGAAGCAUCAGGAAGGUCACAUGCAGGACACCCACGUGCCACUGGUCAGCUGGCCCUGCGGGAACAUCAGGGGCUCUGUGAUGCAUUCCAUUUAG